CCCGGCGCACCCACGGCGCUCUGCCACUUGUCCCCGGUCCUACAGCCUCAGCAUGUCGGAGACCGCUCCCGCCGCUCCUGCCGCCGCGCCCCCCGCGGAGAAGGCCCCCGUCAAGAAGAAGGCGGCUAAGAAACCCGCAGGGGUGCGCCGCAAGGCUUCUGGGCCACCGGUGUCCGAGCUCAUCACCAAGGCCGUGGCCGCCUCCAAGGAGCGCAGCGGCGUGUCGUUGGCCGCGCUCAAGAAGGCGCUGGCGGCCGCCGGCUACGACGUGGAGAAGAACAACAGCCGCAUCAAGCUGGGUCUCAAGAGCCUGGUGAGCAAGGGCACCCUGGUGCAGACCAAGGGCACCGGCGCCUCGGGCUCGUUCAAGCUCAACAAGAAGGCGGCGUCCGGGGAGGCCAAGCCCAAAGCCAAGAAGGCGGGCGCGGCCAAGCCCAAGAAGGCUGCCGGGGCGGCCAAGAAAGCCAAGAAGGCCACCGGGGCCGGCACUCCCAAGAAGAGCGCCAAGAAGACCCCGAAGAAGGUGAAGAAGCCGGCGGGGGCUGCUGUCGCCAAGAAAGUGGCCAAGAGUCCGAAGAAAGCGAAGGCUGCCAAGCCGAAGAAGGCCGCCAAGAGCGCAGCUAAGGCCGUGAAGCCCAAGACCGCCAAACCCAAGGUUGCCAAGCCCAAGAAGGCUGCACCCAAAAAGAAGUAGGCUUUUGAAGAACGUCUGCUUCUGAAACCCAAAAAGGCUCUUUUCAGAGCCACCACCGAUCUCAAAGAAAGAGCUGAACCUUCUAAUCCUGUCCCUUUCUCCCUUUAACCUUUGGUUCUAGGUGUGGUUGGCAGCUACAGUUGACGCCUGCCGGAAAGGGGCGGCGGGGGUCUCGGCGCCGUCCUAGGGCUCGUCCCCUGCCCAGCGGCAUCCCGGGUGGCCUCCCCCGCUACGGUGCGGAAGCGCUGUCCCGGAGGCGCGCACUCGCGCGCCAGCCCCGCCCCGCGCCAGGCCAUCGAAAACAACCACAAAUCAAGUCAGCCAGUUCCUCGGUCUCCAGGAAUCCCCCGAUUGGGUUGGAAAGCCGUUCAAAAGUCCCGCCCUGCUCGCGGGUUGGCCCACUCUUCCGGCCCACGCUUUUCAUCGCGUGUUUCAUUGGGUGGAGGCCGGCCUCUUGUGUAUUCUGUGUACGUUUCGUUUCCAGUGGAUUGAUUGUGCCUUUUACGCCCGGUAAGUGUGUCCCUGAUACCUCGGACACUUCCCAUGGUUUGGAAAGUCCACCUCGUGUCCGGGGACGGCCGCAGCACCCCACCGGGGAGGAGACCGUGCGGGCGUCCGUGCCGCGCGCUCCCGUGGGCCAGCCCGCGCGCUGCGGCCGCUGAGGACCGCGUCUGGACCACCGCGCGGCGGCGGCGGCGGCCACCCUGCCACCGGGCGCCGCUGGACCGGCGCCCUUCUGUCCCUCGCGUCAUAUAACUUUGUGCAAAAGUGUGAUGGAUUGGAGUGCAUCACAACAACCCUUCGUCGGCCAUCUUGUCCCGGCAGCGGGUCACCGAGCGUCGUUUUAGGUAGACGUCAACAUCUAAACGCCGGAGAUGCUUUCAACGCAUUUUUGCGCGGCCCGAAGUCCCAACGGUUUCUACGCGAGUAACGUACGGGUAAACCUGGGAACGUAUGCAUGUGUGGGGGUGAAGUGAUGUCUCUAACGAAGGCCUUUAGUUUAUCUUCACGGCGGAAUCUGCGGCUUCUUUCAUACUGAUGGCGUUUCUUCUGGGCAGAGGAAAGUCCAGCGUCGUGUUUUAUAUUCUGGUCAACACGGAUUUUCCUGAGACAAGUUCCAGGAACCGGGGCUUCUGGAGACCCGAAGCUCAGUUCUUCGCCCAUUGCCACAGCGACUGAUGUAGUCGUUAAGUAACUUAGAUUAAUUUCCCCCCAUUACCGGUAGUGACCACGGAGUUCAUUCCUGCCCGCACCGUUCCUUCCAACGGAAUGGGAUACUUUAAUGUUCGUUUUCAUGUGUAGAAAGACCCUUCUUUGAGAGCACAGCGCACCCGCGCGCGCGCAUUCACGCCAAGAAAGUUUUCCCAUGGUUUGUUUCAAUAAUUUUUGUGUUGUCAAUUUCACUUUAAAAGCAAUUGAACCCCCUGUAUUUUGUUACAAGGUUUAAUAAAUGCGUACGACUCUUCCA